GUACGAUGGGUUUUUCUUGUCCAUGCUCGCCACUAGCGUGUAUCCUUUAACAACUCAGCUUCUGGGUUUUUCUAAAUUUGAGUUAUUGUCGCAAUUAAUUGGAAGCGGUAUCGUACUUGUACUUACCCGUUGCACAUAUGGAUCAUGGUUGACUACACUUCUGUGUUUGUUUUCCGGCUCUUGAUGUUUGUUGAUAAUGGGCUUGCUGCGGGAAUGGGUUUGUAAGGCCUUCUAUUCUUAACCUGCGUUUUGUAACUAAGAUUCCUUUAUACAUGAUGAUCACAGAGCAUGUUGAUAUUGUUGAUGGCAUCAAUCUACAUGAAACUAAUGUGCUUGUGUUAGCAUAGUACGGAUAACACUAAUCCGAACAUGACAGAAAUUUGCUGCGGCAGGCUAGUCAUUUGCCUGAGUUACACAGUGCAGCUGUACCUGGAAUGGGUGACAUAGCUCAAGGUUAAAAGUUAAAAUAGCACUAUGGAAGAGAAGGACAUAAAAGUUUAUGGAAUGUAUGAAUGUACUAUGGUUAAUAUGGCCGGUGGUUUUAUGAGUUUUUUAUUUUUUUUUACUUUUUUUCAUAUGUGAAAUUCUCACUUAGUUUCUCUUGAGCAUUUAGGUGAAAAAUCAUAUAUAGUCAUUUUGCUUUCAUGGCUGAUUUCUUUGUAUAGGAAGGGGUGAGAAAAUAAGGGAAAACAAGAGAAAAUGAAAGAAACUGUAUUGAAACAUUAUUGAGAACAAUGAUUACAACAUUGGUUGCAGUUCUAAGAGAAAAACCUACAAUAUAUAGAUGUACCAGAAGCUUGUGUUACAAGCUGAAACCGAGACUAACUGAUCUAAGAUUCAGUUGUAAACUACAACAGAAAUUACAACUGAAUGCCACGUAGGUAUAACAGAAUUUAGGGAUUAGCCUAGUCACUAUAGGUCUGCAGUACUGAAGUACUGCUCCAUAUGUUGACCCAAGUACAUUAUUCUAUUACUUUGAUUCAUAACAUUAAACUCAACUAAAGUGGUUCUGAAUUUUUGUGUUGCAUCAAAUAAAUGAAGUCAAAUAAUGUUUUAAUUCAUCAAAUCCCAGUACUAAUUCAAUCUCACCUUUAUCCCUCCUCUCCCUUCCUUUUCUAUGCUUCUAGAGAUUUUGGGCGGCAGCAGAGAUAUGCUCGUUUCUGUGGAAGAGUAGUAGUCCUUUCAAUCCUUGUGUUGCUUCUCUAUCCAUUUCUUUGGGCUUGGACUAUAACUGGUACCCUGUGGUUCAGCAGUGCCAAGAACUGUCUGCCUGAAAAUGGUCAGAAGUGGGGCUUCCUCAUCUGGUUAAUUUUUAGCUACUGUGGACUCCUUUGCAUUGCUUGCAUGUCACUGGGGAAGUGGUUGACGCGAAGACAAGCACACUUAUUGCGUGCCCAACAGGGCAUCCCUGUAUCUGAAUAUGGGAUUCUGGUUGAUAUGAUCCGAGUGCCUGAUUGGGCAUUUGAAGCUGCUGGUCAAGAAGCAAGGGGCAUGGGCCAAGAUGCUGCUGCAUAUCAUCCAGGACUUUACCUAACUCCAGCUCAGAGAGAAGCAGUUGAAGCUUUAAUUCAGGAACUCCCAAAGUUCAGGUUAAAGGCUGUUCCAACUGAUUGCAGUGAAUGCCCCAUCUGCUUAGAAGAGUUCUAUGUAGGGAAUGAGGUCCGUGGCCUACCUUGCGCUCACAAUUUUCAUGUUGAAUGCAUUGAUGAGUGGCUUAGGCUGAAUGUGAAAUGUCCUCGGUGCCGUUGCUCAGUAUUUCCAAAUCUUGAUCUUAGUGCUCUGUCCAAUCUCCGUGCUGAUUCCGAACGAUCUUCUGCUAGUGUUGUGACAACAACCAGAUACGUGAGAGGCCAACCAUCUAGUCAAAGUUAUCGGUUAAGAUUACAAGGUCUUCUCCGCCCAGUGCGUGCUGGAAUUGCAGGGCCAGUUGGUGACACGGAUAAUGCUUUGGAAAAUGCUGAGAACGGUGUUGUACCUAUUGUGAUUCGAAAUGCAUCAACUGGAGACCAGGUCUCUUCUGUGGAAUGCAUGCCUGUCAGUGUUUCCUCUGCACAAAGUUAGACUAUAUAGUUUCUGAACUGCUGUUAUAUUUCUAACCCAUUCUGGAGAAGGCGAAGGACGCAUAUCCAUAUCUGGCGUGUGUAUAAAUGGUCCACAUUCUAACAAGAAAUUAUCAUGAUUGAUCCAUAAAGAAAUGGGUCAGUUUCUUUUCGGAGACAUCUCGGAGUAGUAGGACUUGGAAAAUGAAUAUUACCUUUUUGCUUAACAUAGAUUAGAGCCACAGAUGUGUAAUAGUCUUUUAUAUUUAGUAAUGUAAAGAGAGUUUAAAAUUCUAUUUCUAUGUUGAAUUUUGCAUUUGCCUUUUACCUUCUUACUCGGGGUAAGAUUUUCGUUCACUUUUAUUGGGGAGCGGGGUGACAUUGGGUUGUGUACAUCACAAUAGAAAUUAUAUACAUUUUUGUGUGG